UUUCGAAAUGGGAUGAGUUCAAACACAGAGAUAAAAGAUUAACCCUAACUCUGAACUCUCGUAGUCAAGUCUUCAUCUCUUCUUUCAAUCAGGAUCUGGGCACUUCUCUGAUCCUCAGUCAGUGGGAAGAAUCAAUUAGCACCGCCUUGAUUCACUCGAGUUAAGGCAUCCAUGGCGUCUUCGGAUCUGGAAGCGAAGGCGAAAGAGGCGUUUAUAGACGACCACUUCGAAUUAGCCGUUGACCUCUACAAUCAAGCCAUUGCUCUGUGCCCUAGAAACGCCGACCUCUUCGUCGACCGCGCUCAAGCUAAUAUUAAGCUUAAAAACUACACUGAGGCUGUUGCUGAUGCAAAUAAGGCAAUUGAAUUGAAUCGCGACAUGUCCAAAGCGUAUUUACGGAAGGGUGUGGCAUGCAUGAAGCUUGAAGAAUAUGAGACUGCUAAAUCAGCUUUGGAAAUGGGUGCUUCAUUAGCACCUGGAGAUUCCAGAUUUACUACUUUAAUCAAAGAAUGUGAGGCUCGAAUAACAGAGGAAGCCGAAGAAUUGACUGAGCAAUUUGUGGAUAAAGUUUCAAUAGAUGCAACUCCAAGAAACUUGCCGCCAACAAUUGGGUCAUCCAGUCAAGGAACAACAUCAUCCGACACUAAGGCAAAAUACAGGCAUGAAUUUUAUCAGAAACCAGAGGAAGUCGUCGUAACAAUAUUUGCCAAGGGCAUACCACCAGACAGUGUUGCCGUUGAUUUUGGCGAACAAGUGCUCGGUGUUACCAUAGACUUACCUGGUCAAGAACCCUAUCAUUUUCAACGACGACUGUUUGGCAAGAUAACUCCUUCAAAAUGUAGAUACGAUGUUCUCUCGACCAAGAUUGAAAUACGCCUUGCCAAAGCAGAUUCCGAGCACUGGGCGUCGCUUGAAUUUAACAAGGACUCUCCCGUCGUACCGAAAGCGAAAACACCGUUGUCUAGCAAUCAUCGACCGACUUACCCUUCCUCGAAACCGAAACGAGUCGAUUGGGAUAAAUACGAAGCUGAACUAAAAAAGAAGGAAAAAGAAGAAAAGCUCGACGGGGAUGCGGCUUUGAGCAAAUUCUUCCAAGACAUAUACCGCGACGCUGAUGAGGAUGCUCGGAGAGCAAUGAGUAAAUCUUUUUUGGAGUCCAACGGGACAGUGCUGUCGACAAACUGGAAAGAAGUCGGGUCGAAGAAGGUCGAAGGAAGCCCACCAGAUGGCAUGGAGUUGAAGAAAUGGGAGUACUAAGAAAGAAAGGUCUGGAAUCCUGAAACUUGUUUAUAGUUAUUACAUCUCUUUUGCUCACUCACCCUCUGUGUCGUGUCUGCUGCUUUCUUCUAUUCAUAAACUCAGGUUGAAAGCUCUAAUCUUCGCCGGUGAGGUAAUAUAUAUAAUAGUCAGUUUGAAAUUUACGGACACAUUAUUUGUGUUUUUAUGUGAGUGCUAAUGGAGUCGAUUCUCUCUCCUCUCUCUCUCUAUAUAUAAUUUAACUUUGGGAGUUUAUAGAUUUCUUUAGAUUAUUAAAAAUACAGAUUUUCAAAAAUCGAGUUUGUUUGGUUGUGAUUUAGAAUUAUUUUGAAA